ACAAAACAGAAGAAAAAAAAUGCAGUCGAUGGUUAAUAAUUUUUAUCUUGUAUUUCAAACUAUCGAUCUGUAUUUCUUGCAACAUGUAUUGUCUUGGUUCUACUAUAACCGUGGGGAGACCGAACAAAGCCUUGUGAGAUCUGGCAGGCGGAGACUGAAAGAAGCCCAUCACGCGCGCGCGCGGGGGGGGGGGGUUGUCCCUACCACCGGUUAACCGGCGUUGGUUUGUUCACGCCCCCGCGACCUUAGCGUUUCGGAAAAAAGAGACUGACAGAAUAACUGCCAGGCUUUUAACCAAAAGAAAAAAAACAAAAAACGUACCGGGGUCGAUUUUCGAUUUGUUCGACUACAACCCUUCAAGGUGGUGCCCCAGCAUGACCGCAGUGCAAUGACUGGAACAUAUAUAUAUACAUGCUCUUAUCUUUGUGAGUUCUAUCUCCGUGUUUGCAUCACCGAAGAGUAAACUGAAAUGGAAUGGUUAUUGCAUAGGGUAGUAAUCCCUUAUGCAUCUCAUGAAAGACACGAAUAAGCUUUGUCUGUGAAACUGACGCCAUGUAUAUUCCUCGUUUAUCUCCAAGACAGCUCCAUCUUCCACGGUCCGAUGGUCGUAACACCACAUAGAACAAAUAGCCUUGAAGUACUUGAACCAGUUGACUAUUGCUUCGGUACCAAUGCCAACCUGUCUCCUGAUGACAGAUUGCUUACAAUCGAUCUCUACCCACCAAUACAUAAGUUCAACCAGACGAGGCAAUGGCACACAAGAACCGGAAAAGAAAGAAUCGCGCCUGAUACUUCGAUAUCUCUUGCACACACAACAACUCCAAGCUUUUCCGUCUGAGAAAUUCUGCCGGAUUACGAAAUGCAUCGGCUGAUUGCAGCAAACCGCGGAAUUGUGAAUUAAUCCCAAUGAUGCAACAAACUCAAUUGUAGAUUCAAUAUCACGAGUUAUGCAGUAAAUAUCCCGUAGUAGAUAAUCCCUUUCACUGAGUUGUUGAUCAUCCAUUACGAGCUCCACAAUUCUGACGGGGGCCUUAGGUCGGCCGCGUACAGCCAUUUUACUUUCGAAUCUUGUACAUAAAUUAAAUUUUUCGUUUCAUUGGCGAUUAUUGCCGGUUAUUAACGAUUGUAAAAUUUUCUUUUACUUUUGUUAAUUUUGAUUUUGUUCCCCAUUUUUGUAGUCCAUCAAUUAUAAAUAAAAUGAGAAAGAUCAUUAAAAUUAAUAACAAAUAAAAAAAAAAACAUUCAAAUAUUUUUCCCUAUUACCCCCUAAUUCUGUCGUCUGAUAUCUGCUGCCAUGGUUACAUUUAACUAUGGCGGUGAUAAAUGGAGAUUUCGAUUGUAUUUUUUUAAUUGAAAAUGCUGGUUCCAAAUACUGACGAGGACUAAACGUUUUGAUAGAAAUUUUGAAAGAAACGAAAUUUAAAAUAAACUCGAAAUAUUUUUAAAAGUACAUUUAAUAUAAAUUUAACCACAGCACAAGAACUUCUGUUCGUAAACAAAUUUAGAAGAUUAUUUUAGCUUAUAACAGCCAUCAUGUUGAGUCAAAUGCUUAAACCCCAAAAGAUCAUUCAUUUUUCCUACAAUCCUCAGGUAUUAUCUGAAUAUGGACCGGAGGAAUUCAACCAUCUCAUGGAAUGUGUCCGAAAUGUGUUGGUCGAAGAUUCCAUAAGACAAAAUAUUGAUGAAGAGGAACAUAAAAAAUUUAUUUAUAUCAUUUUGAAUGAACUCAAGUUGGCCGAAAUGAAUUUUAAAGACAAAAUAAAUGACCAUUGUCUGAAUGCAGAGGAAAACAGAGAACUGCGAUUGAAAGUAUACAUGUGUAUUGGAGAUGUAUGUUUGGAUCUCUUCAGACUGUACAGCCGAAAGGCCAAAGAACUUGACAGCCGAGGAGUGUAUACAACCAUACCCAACAAUAGUCGAGUGAGGACUGAACUGGCCACUGAAACUGCAAAGUUGCUUGAUGUAUUUGCCAUUCGUCACGCGAUUAAAAAAAGGGAGAAGCUUCGGUGGAGAUUGAGUGAUACAGAACUGCCUAUGAGACACCAAUACCGAGAGAAGAAGCUAAGGCAUUGGCACGUAGGGAAUAUGUUAAAGCAAGAAACAUUUGUCAAGAAUAUGUUCCAGAAGUUCUUCAGUAAAUAUGGAUCAACAUAUCCUGGGAAACUAUUUGCUGAUUACUACAAAUAUCGAAUGGAGAUAUUUGAAUGUAAGCAAACACUUCAUACCAUAAUUUCUAUUGUUGCAACUUGGGUCUUGUUUGCACAGUGA